GUAUCCCGCGCUUAUCAGACGGGAGUGGUUUCCCGGCAUAAAGUACUGUACUCGGUUGUAAUGGACUUCGCCGACGCAGCGAUAAGAUUAGAACUUUGCUGCUAAAAAAACACCAACUAGAUGGAUCCUAAUACUAUUUGGGCAAGUCUAAUUAGCGUGAUAUGAGUAAAGCCUCUGAACGCAAGAUGAAUCCGAUGUUUUCUGAACACGUCGCAAGAUUCGUACUUGGGGGUUUGUCUUGUAUGACUGCUACAACUGUGACAAACCCCAUUGAAGUAGUAAAGAUUCGAAUGCAGCUUGACAAUGAGCUUGGCUCAAAACACAACAGCAAGGACAUAUUCCGUGAACGCUAUUACAAGGGGCUAAUUAGGACUGGCCUCUCACGUGUCUACCGUGAGGAAGGAGUGAGGGGGCUAUACAGAGGGAUCUUCCCAGCAUUGUUGAGGCAAGCUAUUUACAGUUCAACACGCCUUGGUGCUUAUGAACCUAUAAAAAAUCUACUUGGGGCCACUGACUCAACUUCAGCUGCAUUAUGGAAGAAAAUUGUUGCUGGGGUCUCUUCAGGGGUGAUUGGAAGUGCCAUUGCAACUCCUACUGAUCUGGUCAAGAUACGUUUCCAAGCCGUCAAGAUUGGAGAGACUAUACCUUACAAAAAUAUGUUCCAUGCCUUUUAUAAAAUUGCCAAGAAGGAAGGAUUUCUUGGGCUGUGGACAGGAAUGAAACCUACUGUGAAGAGGGCUGCUUGCAUCAGUGGUACCCAGAUUCCCACUUAUGACCACACUAAACACUUGUUGUUAAAUGCUGAGUUGAUGAGGGAGGGAGUAGCCCUGCACCUAGCCUCUGCCUUGGUUGCUGGUUUUGUGGCGACAUGUGUUGCAUCACCCGUGGAUAUUGUGAGGACAAGGUUUAUGACCCAACCCAAAGACACCAAAGGAAGGCCUUUAGUCUACCAAGGAACACUCGAUUGUAUUUAUAAGACAGUUAGACAUGAGGGGAUUUUAGCCCUCUAUAAGGGAUUUUUCCCUAACUGGACUAGGACUGGUUUAGAUACUAUUAUCAUUUUCUUUGUUUAUGAGCGACUUAGAAGAUAUGCUGGCCUUGAUCCUAUUUAAUUUCUAGACAUUGGUAUAGUACCAGGAAUUAUUUGAUAUUCAGUUACUUAUUUACUACACGGUUUAUCUACUAAAAAUUUUUUAUAUUCAUAAAUUUAUUUGCAACAGCUGUCUUUAUAUUUGUGUCAUCAAUGCAACAAAAUAAGAACAGUUCAUGAAUAACUUUCAACACUUAGUGAAUAUCCAGUCUUAUUGACAGAACCAGGCAAAUCAUGGUCAUGCGGGCAGCCUGUGUCUUUUUUUAUUUAUUACAGAAAAUGAAUAAACUUCUUGGUUGUUACAUUUCUUUCUAGAAAUGUGUCAAUUUGAGGUUCUGUUGUAAACAGAUUUUGAAUUAUUUGCCUCUCUUAAUGUGCCUGGCCUGGAAUAUGAGCAAUAACGUCAUAUUAGAGAGGUUCUCUUCAUUAGUGACUUAUUCAUUAGCUGAUUUUAAAGCAAUAAAGGGUGAUUUCCUAAUCUCA